AUGCCCGGGUCGGGCGGGAAACACCGCCUCGGGGAACUGCUGACGCCAAGCGUCCAUCAGGCGGCCAAAGCAGCACUGGGUGGGGUGGGCACCCCCACACUGCUCACCCGCGCGAUCGCCGGAACGAAGGACGUAGGUGCACGGACCAGAACCCCCACCCCUCUAACGCUGCGUUUACCACUCACGGAGCUGCUGGGGCGGGGAGAUGUCCCACGAACGCUGUUGCUGCUGCUGCUGCUGGCGCUGACCAACACCAGAGCCGCUCCGCUGCUGGGCACCACCCCUACCGGCUCCACCUCCUCCGCCACCGCCGCCUCCACCUCCGCCACCACCGCCUCCUCCGCUCCCACCGCCGCCGCCGCCACCACCUCCGCUGCUGCCACCACCACCACCACCGCCUCCGCCACUACUCCCACCGCCACCCCCACUCCCUCCGCCGCCUCCACCUCCACCUCCACCGCCCCCUCCUACUCCACCCGCGCCCUUGCCCCCCUUGCCCUUGCCAGGGCGGCGCCUCCCGCUAGGGGCAGACGCCGCGCCGACCGACUCAAGACCAAGCAGGUCGGCAGAAGCAGCAGAGGCAACAGAGGGCAUCAGGGGGGAAGGAGAACUCCCCUCAAAGAUGGGGGUGCGAGGGUCACCACGAGAGGCUCCUAUAGCAACGAUGCUCUUCUCUGUUGCCAGGAGGGCCUUCUUGAGGAGGUUGACAGUGAGAGUGGUGGGACAGACUGA